CCGGGCAUGCGCAGCGGCGCGCUCGGAAGCUGCGACGCUGAGUUUCACUCUGGUUGCCUUCUCCUGAGAGUCGGAGCUGCAGCCGGAGACCUUCCGAGGCCGAGCCGAAGCUACAGCCCGAGCGCUGUGGUGCCCUCAGCCCCGUUCUCUCGUCCUCCUCAGCCUAGGAACUGCAUGUUGGCUCCAGCCAUAGGGAGUUGUGGUAGCUGUGGUCACCUGGAGAGGACGUCCCUGCCACCAUCGCAGUUUAGCUGGUUGUUGCUAGAACCGCCGGAGGCACCGGGCAAUGACCCCGGGACUCCAGGCCAGAGGAGUCUGAAGCCGUUUGGGAAAGCAGCAGGACUCCUUGGGAAGAUGGCCAUGGCCCCAGGCCCUUCCCUGGUGCAGGUGUACACUGGCCCCGUGGCUGUGGCCGUGUGGGAGUGGCAGGAUGGGCUGGGCACCUGGCACCCUUACAGCGCCGCUGUCUGCAGCUUCAUCGAGCAGCAGUUUGUCCAGCAGAAGGGACAGCGCUUCGGGCUCGGGAGCCUGGCCCACAGCAUCCCCUUGGGCCAGGCAGACCCCUCGCUGGCUCCUUACAUCAUCGACCUCCCCAGCUGGACCCAGUUCCGCCAGGAUACCGGCACCAUGCGGGCGGUGCGGAGACACCUCUUCCCCCAGCACUCAGCCCCUGGCCGAGGUGUCGUCUGGGAGUGGCUGAGUGACGAUGGCUCCUGGACUGCCUACGAAGCCAGCGUCUGUGACUAUCUGGAGCAGCAGGUGGCCAGGGGCAACCAGCUCGUGGACUUGGCCCCCCUGGGGUACAACUACACCGUCAACUACACCACCCACACACAGACCAACAAGACUUCCAGCUUCUGCCGCAGUGUGCGGCGCCAAGCAGGGCCCCCUUACCCGGUGACCACCAUCAUUGCUCCGCCGGGCCACACGGGCGUCGCCUGCUCUUGCCACCAGUGCCUCAGCGGCAGUGGGACUGGCCCCGUGUCAGGCCGCUACCGCCACUCCAUGACCAGCCUCCCUGCAUACCCCGCCCCCCAGCACCACCCGCACAGGACCACUUUUGCGUUUGGGACGCACCAGGCCUUCACGCCGUACAACAAACCCUCACUCUCCGGGGCCCGGUCUGCGCCCAGGCUGAACACCACCAGCCCCUGGAGCGCAGCCCCUCCCUCUCUGGGGAGCCAGCCCCUCUACCGCUCCAGCCUCUCCCACCUGGGACCACAGUUCCUGCCCCCAGGAUCGUCCACCUCCAGUGCAGUCAGUUUCUCCUUCCCCAGCGGUCCCUUGAGCAGCUCGGGGAGCGUCCCUGCCACCGUGCCUGUGCAGAUGCCAAAGCCCAGCAGAGUCCAGCAGGCCCUCGCAGGAGGCACCCCGAAGCCAGAACCAGAGCAGGUCAUAAAAAACUACACGGAAGAGCUGAAACUGCUCCCAGAUGAGGACUGCAUCAUCUGCAUGGAGAAGCUGUCCGCAGUGUCAGGGUACAGCGACAUGACUGACAGCAAGGCCAUCGCCCUGGCUGUGGGUCGCCUCACCAAGUGCAGCCACGCCUUCCACCUGCUGUUGCUGGCCAUGUACUGCAAUGGCAACAAGGAUGGAAGCCUGCAGUGUCCCUCCUGCAAAACCAUCUACGGAGAGAAAACGGGGACCCAGCCCCAGGGAAAGAUGGAGGUAUUACGGUUCCAGACGUCGCUCCCCGGCCACGAGGACUGUGGGACCAUCCUCAUCGUUUACACACAUUCCGCACGGCAUCCAG